AUGGAGUCUGAAUCCCAGCUGAGUGCCUGGGAGGCACAGGAGACUGUGGAGUGCAACAAACCGGCCCACUCCCAGCACUGUGAAGAUGGCUUGAACACAGUGAAGGCUCUCUAUCAGUAUGAGAUUGGGGUUGAACAUGGCAUGGAAAUGGGAUCUUUUAUGUCAGAAGAGAUUGGUAGUGGUUGGCUACUGAAGACCAAUCCUACAUCAUUUGAAAAUGUUAGAGGAGAGUGGUACCCUGAACGGCAACACCUCUGUACCAACACCCCCAUCAUCCUGGUGGGGACUAAACUUGAUCUCAGGGACAACAAAGAUAUGAUUGAAAAACUGAAGGAAAAGAAGCUGACUCCCAUCACCUACCCACAGGGUUUGGCCAUGGCUAAGGAGAUUGAUGCUUACUGGUUACAUUCUGAACUAGUUCUGAGUCGCACCAACCGGCCACCUCUGUCCCUUUCCCGGAUGAUCCGGAAGAUGAAGCUGCCUGGCCGGGAAAACAAAACCGCUGUGGUUGUCUGGAUGAUAACCGAUGACUUGCGGGUCCAGGAGGUGCCCAAACUGAAGGUGUGCGCGCUGCGUGUGAGCAGCCGUGCCCGGAGCCACAUCGUCAAAGCUGGAGGCAAGAUCCUCACCUUCGACCAGUUGGCCCUGGACUCCCCCAAGGGCUGUGGCACCGUCUUGCUCUCUAGUCCGCGCAAGGGCCAAGAGGUGUACAGGUAUUUCGGCAGCCCAGGGACCCCACACAGCCACACCAAACCCUACAUGCGAUCCAAGGGCCGGAAGUUCGAGCGCGCCAGAGGCCGCAGGGCCAGCGGAGGCUACAAAAACUAACCCCAGAACCUGCCUUGUUAUUAAAAAGAUUUGGACUGUUAAAAAAA